AUGCACACUUCCGAUAUUGGCUCGGGUAAAGCCGCCUUGGAGACUCUGUCACACGUGGCCAAAUCUUGCAAGCGACUUCCCUCUGCGUCCUUUACACGGACUCUUCUUUCCCGUCGCAACAUGGCCUCCGACGCGUGGACAGGGGAUGUCACCCGGCUGGACUUUCUGGUGGUAGGCGGGGGGUCUGGAGGUCUGGCUGGUGCUCGUCGUGCGGCGGAGCUGGGAGCUUCCACCGCUGUGAUCGAGAGCCAAAAACUCGGAGGUACCUGCGUUAAUGUUGGCUGUGUCCCCAAAAAGGUUAUGUGGAAUGCUGCAGUUCAUGCUGAAUAUCUGCACGAUCACGGUGACUACGGCUACGAAGUGGGACAGGCACAUUUCAGUUGGGAAACCUUAAAAGCCAAACGAGAUGCUUAUGUAAGUCACCUGAACCGAAUUUAUCGCAGCAAUCUUGACAAGGCAAAAAUACUGACAAUUCAAGGUCAAGCCAGAUUCACAGAUGACCCUGAGCCCACGGUGGAGGUCAAUGGACAGAAGUUUACCGCUCCUCACAUCCUUAUUGCCACCGGGGGGUUUCCUUCAUCUUUGACUGAUGACCAAGUUCCAGGGGCGUCUCUGGGGAUAUCCAGUGAUGGCUUUUUUGAACUUGAAAGUUUACCCAAGCGCACUGUGGUUGUUGGUGCUGGAUACAUUGCCGUGGAGAUGGCUGGGAUUCUCUCUACACUUGGGUCCAAAACUUCACUUGUAAUUCGUCAGUCAGGAGUUUUAAGAAACUUUGACAGCCUCAUCAGUGCAAAUUGUACAAAGGAGUUGCAGAAUUCAGGAGUGGAUUUAUGGAAGAAUUCUCAGGUGACGGCUGUGACAAAAACAGACAGCGGUCUGAAGUUGACCGUUGUAACUCAAGAUCUUGAGAAGAAAAAUGAAGAGAAAAAGAUCAGUUCUAUUGACCAAGUGGACUGCCUCCUCUGGGCUAUUGGCAGACAACCAAAUACAUCUGGAUUGAACAUUGAAGGAAUUGGCUUGGAGACUGAUGAACGCGGUCACAUUGUAGUGGACGAGUUUCAAAACACUAGUUGUCCUGGAGUCUAUGCAGUCGGUGACGUGUGUGGAAAGGCACUUUUGACUCCUGUUGCUAUUGCAGCCGGUAGAAAGUUGGCGCACAGACUUUUUGAAGGCAAAAAGGAUUCAAAGUUGGACUACUCCUGCAUUCCUACAGUGGUGUUUAGCCACCCACCCAUUGGAACGGUUGGUCUCACAGAAGAGGAAGCAAUCACAACAAGAGGGAAAGAGAAUGUCAAAAUCUAUAAAACAUCUUUUACUCCAAUGUAUUAUGCACUCACAAGCAGGAAGAGCCAGUGCAUUAUGAAGCUGGUGUGUGUAGGCAAAGAAGAGAAGGUGGUUGGAUUGCAUAUGCAAGGUCUUGGUUGUGAUGAGAUGUUACAAGGCUUUGCUGUGGCCAUCAAGAUGGGAGCGACCAAAUCUGACUUUGAUAAAACUGUUGCUAUUCAUCCGACCUCCACUGAUGCAUCACAGACUGCCCACAGAGCUGCUGCUAAACACACUUUUCCCAUAGAGUCUGGACAUCAUCAUGGAUUAUGCUCAUCGCAUUUCGCCAUAACAAGAGAUCAUCAUUUCCGGCUGCAUAGGGACGCCACACUCGUGAGGAUGUUUCCGAGCUUUGCGCACAGGCCAUGGCACUUGUUCUUCAGGGUCACAUUGCACCACAGAUCCUGUCUGUCACAGUGGAGCCUGAAGUGCAACCAGUCAAACCAUGGUUGGCAGAGUGGACACGGCUGGUGGUUGAGUCAUCCAGAUUUCCGUGUCACAGCGUUAAGGCUGAACAAGAUCCAGUACUUUUCUACCUCUGGGACUAGUAAAGAUGAGCCUCCCAAAUCGGCAUCAGGGGAAAGUAAAGAGAAGGUGGUGGGGGAUACUGCUAAAUCUACUCUUGCGUCAGAAAUGUCUAUGACACCGCCAUAUCAAGUAAAAGUCCGGGCUGUUUUAAAGAAGAGGGAGUAUGGGGCCAAAUAUACUCAGAACAACUUUAUUACAGCAGUGAGGGCUAUGAAUGAAUUCUGUCUUAAACCAAGUGACUUAGACCAACUAAGAAAGAUUCGACGGAGAAGUCCCCAUGAUGAUACAGAGGCAUUCACUGUUUUUCUGCGGUCUGACGUAGAGGCAAAAGCUCUAGAUGUCUGGGGGAGUGUUGAAGCUUUAGCACGUGAGAGAAAUCUUAGGAGUCAAGUGGAGAGAGAGUAUGAAGAAAAUAUCUUUCGCAAUCAACAGUUGCUGAAGGAAUAUAAGGACUUUUGGGGAAACACAAAGCCUCGAUCAGGCAAGAGGACACCAUUUUUACAAGGACCAGGAAAAGUUGUAAUGGUUGCCAUUUGCAUAAAUGGGUUGAAUUUCUUCUUUAAACUCUUGGCUUGGGUCUACACUGGGUCAGCGAGCAUGUUCUCAGAGGCCAUCCACUCUUUAGCUGACACCUGUAACCAGUGUCUGUUAGCACUUGGCAUCAGUCAGUCUGUUCGCAACCCAGAUGCUGUGCACCCGUAUGGCUUCUCAAACAUGCGCUACAUUGCGUCUCUCAUCAGUGGUGUUGGCAUUUUUAUGAUGGGAGCUGGUCUCUCCUGGUAUCAUGGCAUCAUGGGAUUGUUGCACCCAGAGCCUAUUGAGUCAUUAUUAUGGGCCUACUGUAUUCUUGCUGGCUCUUUAGUUUCAGAAGGAGCAACGUUACUUGUUGCAAUUAAUGAAAUUCGAAGAAGUGCUCAUCAGCAAGAGGUGACCUUUUUUGAUUAUGUCAUGGAAAGUCGGGACCCAAGCACAAACGUGGUGCUGCUGGAGGAUGCCGCUGCAGUACUAGGGGUCAUUAUGGCAGCUGGAAGCAUGGGCCUGACCUCUCUCACAGGUAACCCCACCUAUGACUGUUUGGGCUCUCUGGGUGUUGGCACAUUGUUAGGCGCCGUGUCAGCGUUUCUCAUCUACACAAACACUGAAGCUCUGCUGGGACGUUCCAUUCAGCCAGAGCGUUUGCAAAAGCUCACAGAGUUCUUGGAAAGUGAUCCUGCAGUGAGAGGGAUCCAUGAUGUGAAAGCCACAGAUAUAGGCCUGAGUAAAGUGCGCUUCAAGGCAGAGGUGGACUUCGAUGGUCGGGUGGUUACUCGCUCAUAUUUAGAAAAACAAGACAUUGACCAAAUUCUCAAUGAAAUUCAGCAGGUGAAGUCGACUGAGGAACUUGAAACCUUUAUGCUGAAACACGGCGAGAACAUCAUUGACACAUUGGGGGCUGAAGUCGAUCGAUUGGAGAAGGAACUCAAGCAACGUAAUCCAGAGGUCCGUCAUGUGGAUUUGGAGAUCCUAUGA